AAUUUUGUCUUUAUCUAUAAAAUACAAAAAUAUUCGUGCAAGAGUAAUUUCCUUAAUCAAAGUGAAAAGAAACUAUAGUAAUAAAGUUAAAAUGUGUUGAAAAUUAAACUAGAACUCAUGGUACUCCUGCGUAAUCGUUCAAAAACAAUAAAAAAAAAUAUAGUUAUUUAUGACGAGAAUUGGUGGAGUUACAUCACAAAAAUACAUACACAGAAAAAUUGGAAAUAAACUUAAGAUAAUUCAAGUACUUUUUCAAUAGAAGACGUAUUCAGGGAUAUUAUGCAAUUUUCUAAAAUAGAGUUCUUUUUGAACUGUAUGGUUUAUGUCAAAGAUCAACAUGUGGUUUUCCAAAACGCUUCAUUACACGCAUUUAUUUACACGUUUUUUUAAGUUUUCAUUUUGAUUUGUCAUGAAAAAAAUUGUUUCUAGUUCCAUGAUUGUAUUAAUAUUUACAGAAGCUUUAAUGUUAUAGUUUCGUGAAUACUGUAGACGUAAGUGAUGUAAAUUGAAAGAGUGUAAUUUGUAACAUCUGGUUCAACAUUUUUCGUGACUGAAAAGGAACGUCUACAUAUAAAUAAACACAACUUUUCCUCUAAUUCAAUUUUUAUUCCAAUAAAUUUUCGUUUUAUCUUACAGUUUAUCAAAAAUGUAUAGUGUUAUCAUAAACUACAGAUCCCUUUAUGGCAGGUGACGCGUCAGCCGAGGAUAUAGACAUAGCUAUGAAGCUAGGUGCAGGCUACCCCAUGGGUCCUUUAGAACUGGCUGACUUCACUGGGUUAGACACUAAGAAGUUCGUCCUAGGUGUCAUGCAUGAGAAGACUAGACUCCCGGCUUUUGAGCCCAUACCUCUUCUUAAUAAGCUCGUCAGCGAAGGCAAGUUUGGCAGGAAAACUGGUGAAGGUUUCUAUAAAUAUGAUAAGUAAUGAUCUCUGAGGAUGUUAUGUAACAAAGGAAUCUGCUAAUAUAUUUUUGUUAUGUUACUAUGUUAUCUAA